UCUGCUCGCUUACAGAAAUUUGAGAAAAGCGUCUUGUCGUGGCAGGGGACGUUAUACAUGGUUAUCCAAAUCUUGGAAUACGGACACUUAUAGGUCCCUCAUCACAUUACGUUCCUCAGAAAUGACCUGUGUUCAAAGUCAACAUGGAGUCCAGUCCUAUGAGAGCUCCCUCUUCAGCUCAGAGUUUUUGAAUCCUGACUUCACCUCCAGGUUGGCUAUGGAUGUGACCGACCAGCGGGAACAGCUCUCUGCACCCUCCCUACCCAGCAUCACCUCUCUGGUCGGAGGAUACGUUGGCGAGUUUGACACCUACUCAUGCCAGAUCGCCACAGGAGCUGCUUCUACCUGUGUGGGCAGCACCUCCGGGCAGCUGGACUCCUUCAAGCUGGAUGACCUUCAGGUGUACGGCUGCUACCCGGGCACGUUUGCUUUGAGCUACCUGGAUGAGACGCUGUCCUCUUCGGGUGGGUCAAACUGCUUUGGAAGUCCGGCAUCUGCACCAUCUCCCUCCACCCCAGGAUUCCAGCACAUGUCUGCAUGGGACAGCACCUUUGGUCCCUGCUCCCCUGAUGAGGGCUGCUGGGGUUCAGAGAAGCCUUUGAACCAGGCUGCAUCUUUCUUCACAUUUGGGCACGUCACAGCUGAUGAGCUUUCCCCACUGGGACCGAUUCAGCCACAGAUCCCAGAUCAGGAUCCUUUUUCUCAUACUCCGCAACACGGUUCUCCACUUCCUUUCAGUCCACUCAGCCUGGAGCAGGGCAGCCGGGAUGGAUCAGGACUGAUGGACGGACACCUGUCUCCUAAAGUGAGGAGCCCCACAGGAAACGAGGGACGCUGCGCAGUGUGCGGAGACAAUGCUUCUUGUCAGCAUUACGGGGUGCGCACAUGCGAAGGAUGCAAAGGCUUUUUCAAGCGCACCGUACAGAAGAACGCCAAAUAUGUUUGCCUCGCCAACAAAGACUGUCCAGUGGAUAAAAGGCGAAGAAACAGAUGCCAGUUCUGCCGCUUCCAAAAGUGCCUAGCUGUGGGGAUGGUGAAGGAAGUUGUAAGAACAGACAGCCUGAAAGGAAGAAGGGGGCGUCUGCCAUCGAAACCCAAAGCUGUUCAGGACUCUCUAUCAGUCUCUUCACCUGUGAACAUCAUCGCCUCUCUCGUCACUGCCCAUAUCGACUCAAACCCUGCUAGUGCAAGUCUGGACUAUUCAAAGUAUCAGGAAUCAGCAUCUGGAUUACCUGAGAAGGAAGAUGCCAACGACAUACAGCAGUUUUAUGACCUGCUAACAGGGUCAAUGGACGUGAUCAGGAAGUGGGCUGGAAGCAUCCCUGGAUUCAGUGCCUUUUGUAAGGAGGACCAAGAGCUUCUUCUGGAGUCAGCUUUUGUUGAGCUCUUCAUUCUUCGUCUAGCUUACAGGUCAAACCCUGAGACAGACAAACUUAUUUUCUGCAAUGGUAUGGUUCUGCACCGGACGCAGUGCGUACGAAGCUUUGGUGAUUGGAUUGACUCAAUUAUGGAGUUCUCUCAGAGUUUACAUCGCUUGAAUUUGGACAUAUCUGCUUUUUCCUGUCUUGCCACACUGGUCAUAAUCACAGAUCGACAUGGCCUGAAAGAGCCCAAACGGAUUGAAGACCUCCAAAACCGUUUGAUCACGUGUCUCAGAGACCACGUCUCCACAAGUGCCCUUGAGGUCGCCCGGCCCAACUAUCUGUCCCGACUGCUGAGCAAGCUCCCGGAGCUGAGAACACUGUGCACCCAAGGCCUCCAGCGAAUCUUCUAUCUCAAACUGGAAGACUUGGUCCCACCUCCACCCAUUGUGGAUAAAAUCUUCAUGGACACGUUGCCAUUCUGAAUGUGACUUUAUAAAUGGACAACCAGGGUGAUGAACUGAGGAUAUGGGAUGUUUGGGGAGCUCUUAAGGGUUUGACUAGUCAAAGGACUUUAUCGCUUACUGUUUCUCUGCUUUCUUGGAAUGGAGUCAGAGAAGGAUGACAUUCUACUUAACGCCUGUGUUCGAAGACCUUCAUCGCAUCGUCUUCAACACUGAACUCACUAAGUGACUGUAUGCAUUCAUUGGAUAUGUUAUUAUCAGACGUGGAGUUCCAAAUCUUAGUGUGUUUUAAGCUGAAAUGGUGGCUUUAGUCAGUAACAUUUCAGGUCAAUGGUGCAAAUCAAAUGCUCUACAUGUGUGACUUCUAAAUGAAAGAAAUGAUAUUCCCAUCAGUAUUACACCAAUGUUCAGAGAGCAUAUUCCAUAUAUACAGCAUCCAAAGAUCCAUCUUCAAGAAAGAAAGGCCAUGGACCAAAACAAGGAGUAGAAACAGCAUUUAUUUGGAUGCUUAAAUGAUCAGACAAAGCCUUAAAUACUUUCAAGUGCCGAAGCAUUAUCUAUCUUAAAGGGGCUAUAUGUAUUUAAAAUCCAAGGCCACAGGCUUUUAAAUGAACUAGUCGUCAUUUUAUUCAUGUUUGCGCACACAACGUACAGGAGACUGAAUCUGAUUCAUGUGUACCAUAGACAACCCAAAUCUCAUUUUAACACAAGAUGAACACAUCCAGUCCCUUUAAAGAUGCUCAAAAAUGAGCUCAAACAGAAAAACACUGAAACACUUGAGAACAGGAUUGAUGUGAAUGCAUUCGGGUUGACUUUGCUAAUGUUUCUAGAAACAGAAGCAUGUAUUUUUAACAGUCAGUAGUUAAUAUAAAAGGUGGUGUGAGAUCCAGUGCAGCUACUGUACAUGUACAGCCUCUUACACAUGCAAAUACGUGGAGUAUUACAGAUGCCUGGCUUAGUGUGCGGUACCAGUCGGACUUUAGAGGAAUCAUAAUUGUAUGUAUGUAUUUUGAGGAUGUAUAUGUUUGUUUAGAGCUUCUGCAGACUAUUUUUUUUUUCUCAUAUUGAAAAUCAAGAUCGGGCAUUCAGAGUUUUUUAUAUAUAUAAAAUGAGAGGUAUUGCUUAUCUUUCAUUCAAUUUGUGCAGCUCUAUAUGAAAUAAAUUUGAAACAAAUCA